AACAAUUUAUUAUUUUCCAUUCUCAAAAAACAAAACAAUGAGAACUCUCUUACCUUCCCAUACUCCGGCGACGGUAACAACGGCGGCGAGAAGAAGACACGUCAUACAUUGCGCCGGUAAGAGAUCUGACUCGUUCUCAAUUGGUUCCAGUAUCUCCGAUUGGCAAAGCUCAUGCGCUAUUCUCUCUAGCAAAGUCGUUUCACAAGAACAAUCCGAUUCCUUAAUCUCCGCCGUCAACAACAACGGCGCCGGAAUCUCAGAUUUGAAUCUAGUUCCAUUCAAUAACAGCAACAAAUCGAUUCAAUCGAAGAAGCCUCUUAGUAUUUCAGAUCUAUCUCCAGCUCCGAUGCAUGGAUCUAACCUCCGCGUCGCCUAUCAAGGUGUUCCCGGAGCUUACUCCGAAGCCGCCGCUGGUAAAGCUUAUCCUAACUGUCAAGCGAUUCCUUGCGAUCAAUUCGAAGUUGCGUUUCAAGCGGUUGAGCUUUGGAUCGCCGAUCGCGCUGUUUUACCUGUCGAAAACUCACUCGGCGGUUCGAUUCAUCGGAAUUACGAUCUUCUUCUCCGUCACCGUCUUCAUAUCGUCGGCGAAGUUCAACUUCCGGUACAUCAUUGUCUCAUGGCUCUUCCCGGUGUACGGAAAGAGUUUCUCACUCGAGUGAUCUCUCAUCCUCAAGGACUAGCUCAAUGCGAACACACGUUGACUAAACUCGGUCUCAACGUCGCUCGUGAAGCGGUUGAUGAUACCGCCGGAGCAGCGGAGUUUAUCGCUGCCAAUAAUAUCCGUGAUACCGCCGCGAUUGCGAGUGCACGCGCGGCGGAGAUCUACGGAUUGGAGAUUUUGGAAGAUGGGAUUCAAGAUGACGCGAGUAACGUCACGCGCUUUGUGAUGUUGGCGCGUGAACCGAUUAUACCGAGAACUGAUCGGCCGUUUAAGACGAGUAUAGUGUUCGCUCACGAGAAAGGCACGUGCGUUUUGUUUAAGGUUCUCUCGGCUUUUGCGUUUAGGAACAUUAGUUUGACUAAGAUUGAGUCUAGGCCCAACCAUAAUGUUCCCAUUAGGCUAGUCGAUGAGGCCAAUGUGGGAACGGCUAAGCAUUUCGAGUACAUGUUUUAUAUCGAUUUCGAGGCUUCGAUGGCCGAGGCGCGUGCUCAAAAUGCGCUUGCUGAGGUUCAGGAGUUUACGUCGUUUUUACGGGUUUUGGGGAGUUAUCCCAUGGAUAUGACUUCUUGGUCUCCAUCGUCUUCGUCAUCAUCAUCACCAUCUACAUUUUCGUUGUGACACUAAAUUGGAAAUGUAAAUUGGAGAAGAAAGUUGUAAACAUAAUUUUGAUGAAAAUAAAUUCUUUAUUUCUCCAAGAUCAAUCUUUUGUAUUUUCUGUUUACAUUAUACUUUUGAGUUUCGUUUGAUUGUAUUAUUUUGAAAUUACAAGUUUUGAGCUGAUUUUUCGUUCUCUAUUAGACCAUAAAAGUUUUUUACAAUU